GCAGCCUUGCAGACUCUCACGACCCCACCGCGCUGCGCAUUCGAAUUCAUUCCGUUGAGCGCUUUAUCUCCAGGAAUAAAACUAAUCCUAGGUGACUGAUAGAAUCUAGGAGAUGCCUUCGCUUGUACACAAGCGCUCUGCACAGCACUUGACGGAUAGCUCUGACUCUGAAGAUCUAUCAUCCUGGGAAUCACCUGCCCCCAGCAGAAAUCUAAAGCGUCCUCGCACCAUACCUGAGGAGGUGGCCUUUGAGGAUGAAGUCAGUGAGGAGGAUCCAGAUGGCGAGGGUAGCGAUGUGCUCGUGAAGCCAGACAUGGAUGGAAGUCUUCUGUCAGAGGCCGACUCAGAUCAGGAAGAGGGGGAAGUCGCCAUGGGUUACGGAGGAGGCGAAAUAGAGCGGAAUAUUCAACCUUUUCAGCCCGGAAGCAUUGUUAGGAUCAAAGCUGAGAAUUUCGUCACCUAUACGGCUGUUGAAUUCUUUCCGGGGCCGAACUUGAACAUGGUUAUCGGGCCUAAUGGAACAGGCAAAUCGACCAUCGUCUGUGCCAUUUGUCUUGGAUUGGGUUCUAGCCCGGCGGUGAGUUUUCUUCUUUGGCGAUUCUAGGGAUUUUAAUGAUUUAUGGUGUGUUGGUGGUAGAAUCUUGGCCGAGCAAAGGAAAUAUCGGAGUUCGUCAAACACGGCUGCGAGACUGCUACCAUUGAAAUUGAAUUACAGGGAAAAGAGAACGAGAGAAACCCAAUCAUUAAACGGAAGAUUGGACGAGAAAACAACACCUCCACAUUUACACUUAAUGGUAGGGCACAAGCUAUGAACGAGGAAUUUGUUCUUUUGGUAUUGAAAUGUGCUCACGUAUUGUUGUUAGGUUCGUCCAGCACAUCCGGAAAAAUUACGAAGCUUGUAAAAUCCUACAACAUUCAAAUAGACAACCUUUGCCAAUUUCUUCCUCAGGACCGUGUUGUUGAGUUCGCCGGCUUGACGGCUAUUGAUCUAUUGACUCACACCCAACGGGCCGCGGCGCCCCCUGAGGUCCUUGGUCAUCAUGAGAAUCUCAAAAAGCUCGGUAAACGCCAGAAGGAGUUGUUGAAUGAGCUAGAGAUCGACCGUAAUCAGUUGACAUCAAUGAAAGCGCGACAGGAUGCCUUAGAGCAGGACGUUCAACGCCUGCGAGAGCGGCAAGUUAUCAUUAAAGAGAUUGAACUGCUGGAAAAGGCCAAACCUUUCGUUAAAUACCGAGCAGCGAGAAGUCUGGCCAAAGAUGCUAAGGAUGCAAGCAAAGUUGCAGAACGGGAGCUUCGUGAGCUUGAGCAGCAAGUUGAGCCAAUGACCGAGGCGCCUAAGGCGAAGCGCAGAUAUCAGAAGGCUCUUGAGAGGUGCGUGGCGGCAAAGAAGAAGGAACUUGAAGCUAAAGAGGGGGCAGUCGCAAAAUUCAAAGAUGAUGUUAUAGGCAAAGCCGACGACAAGAUAACAGACAUUACCGAUAAAAUGGAUGUAGCUCGAUCUGCAGAACAGAGUCGGAAGCAGCAGAUAGUGCGGGAAAAAGAAAAAAUUGCUAAACUUAAGAAGCAAUUGGAGGAGGACCCCCCGGAAGUCGACCUGGCCUACUAUAACCGGAAGAUUGUAAGAUCCUUGAUUCUGCGGCGGCAAGCUUAAUUUCUGACCAAUGAGCUUUACAGGGCGACAGCAAUCACGAGGUUAGAGACAUGAAGGAGAGGAUCGAUGACAUUGACUCGGAGAUCAGGCCCAUGGUUGAGAGGGCGAAUCAGAUUAAUGGUCAAAUAAGCCGAAAGAGCAAGGAGUAAUUUCUCACCUAUUGCUCAUAUUUGGUCCUUUUCUAAUAAAAGGGUAGUCUUCAGGAUUUGAAUUCGGUUAUUGGGGUCCGUGAGAGAAUGCUUGAACGCAUGAGCAGGGACACACAUCAAAUUUGGCAGUGGAUCAAAACCCAUCGAGAUAAAUUCGAACAAGAAAUCCUUGGUCCUCCUGUAUUGACCUGUAAUGUUACCGAUCCCAGACACGCCGAUGUUGUUGAAUCGCAGCUCGGCAAAACCGACAAGCUUGCCCUUGUCGCGCAGAAUAAAGGCGAUUACCGGAAGUUAUUGGAUGUGUGUUUUGGUGCUGGGCCCGACAGUCUAAAGUUGCGCGACGUUACCAUCAGGGAAAACUCCAAUGUUCCCAUUCCGCCUCUGCCGGUGUCGCCGGAAGAAGUGCGGAGCUUGGGAUUUGACGGUUUUACCCUCAAUUUUAUAGAUGGUCCACCACCCGUUAUAUCAAUGCUCUGCCAGGAAUGCCGCAUCCAUACAACGGUAUGUUCAUCUGAUAUAGUUCAAGUUCGGGACCAUAUAUCUAAUUUUUUGAAACAUAGCCUAUAAGUUUCAGAGAGUUUACUGCUGCCCAAAAUAAAAACAUGGAGAGUACCAGGGUCAAUAGAUGGGUUGCCGGGCGAAAUAUGUACACAUUGCGGAGGCGGUAUAACCAGGUUAUGGCAAACGUAACGUCGAUUCGUAAUGCUCAAGCCUUCGCUGCACAACAAGUGGACACACAUGCAGAGCAGGAGAUUCGCCGCUCUAUUGGAGAGAUGGAAAGCGACCUGGAGGAUGUCAGGGGAAAAAUAGAAGAGCUGAAGGAUUCGCGGACUACCUUUGUUACCAAAUAUAAGGCAGCGCAAGCUGCCAAUCAGAAGAUCAAGGCGGAAAAGGUUGCAAAGCAGCAGGAGGUAGCAAAACACGUCAAGCUUAAGGCGACUCUAGCAAGUGCUGAGGAGGAUCUCAAGAGGAAGAUGGGAGGCGGGGAAGACUACAGAGAGAACAUGAGAAGAUGGAAGUCACGAAAAGAAGCACUUGUGAUGGAGAGGGCGGCUGAUGCACAAAAAUUCGCAGUAAGUUGUGGGGUUUUUUUAUUGAUCGCAAGCUAAUAGUUGUGAAAGGGUCUUGUGAAAGGUCUUGUAGCGAUCCACAACGAAUUGAUCCUGUGUCAGAUUAGGCUUGCAGAGGCAGGCUCUGAUGCCGAGAUAUUACAGAGGAGGAUUGAGGACGUAUUACGAGACCUCAAAACUAAGAAGACCGAAUCUACUGAUCUUGCCCAACGUGCAACUGAAUGCGCCGCUCGUGCUCGCGCGCUUCAAGGCGCCUGUCGCAAGAUUAUACAGGGGCUCUCUCCCGAAGAAUCCGAUUAUAUGAACCAGAUUCCUCCUGAAAAGAAUGCCGAAGAGAUUGAGUCUGACAUCGAGAUCCAGAAUACCCGACUUGGUUUACUUCACGAAGGGAACCCUAAUGCUAUUAAGCAAUACGAAGACCGUGCAACCAAGAUUCGGAACCUCGAGGAUAAAAUUACUGAAAGGGAAAAGAACCUCAAAAAACAUUCUGCUGCUAUAGCUGAACUUCGCGGCAAAUGGGAGCCUGUAAUUGACCGUCUUGUCGGAAAAAUUUCUACCGCCUUUUCAAAAUCCUUCGAGAAAAUCAACUGUGCUGGCGAGGUUCGUGUGCAUAAGGAGGAGGACGAAUACGAUAAGUGGGCAAUACAGAUUCUGGUCAAAUUCAGAGCAAAUGAGAGUUUGCAGGUCCUGAACAAUCAGCGCCAGAGUGGUGGCGAGAGAGCUGUUAGUACGGUUUUCUAUCUAAUGGCACUGCAGAGUCUUGCGCGUAGUCCAUUCAGGGUUGUUGAUGAAAUCAAUCAAGGGAUGGAUCCUAGAAAUGAGCGGCUUGUCCAUCAUAGGAUGGUUAGUAUUGCUUGUCAAGAAUAUACCUCGCAGUAAGUCUUUCCUUGGUUAUCUCCUAGCAUGAGAUAUGCUAACAAACGGAACUUUGUACAGGUAUUUCUUAAUCACCCCCAAGCUCCUACCUGACCUCUCCUACCAUAAGCGGAUGAAGGUCCACUGCAUCUUCUCUGGUGAUUGGCUCCAAGAGGAGAUAAAGUUGGACCCAGACAAAUAUCUUAGAAUCGGGGCUAGGGUGAAAGCAAUAGCGCAUUAGGAAUCCCUUUCUUGGAAUAUCUUUUGGACUCCAGGGUGAAUGGCUUGUUUUUCAUAUCGCUGUCUUUUUAUUUCUGUUUGCUGGGUGGCCGUCUUGCGCGCAUAUUCUUCCUUUGUUUGUUUGUGUGCGGGAGUAUUUACCGUCUGGAUUUUCAUCAUCUCUGCUAGAUCGGGCGUUGAGUAUGAUCUCAAGACGGGUCUUAAAUCUAGUGGUGCUUUAUUUUUGUUUCUCUUUGGUUCAUUGGAUGAUUUUGUUACGAUAGUUACAUUACGUUAGUCUUAGUUAAAAUAAUCUGGCAUGUAUUGCUGCUUGUCCAAUGGUACGCUGGUGAAAUUCUAUCUCUAGUCCAUACAAUUAUACGAAAUAGCUAUCUUUGAAUUUUCAUAGGUCUAAGGAUACUAGUUUGGUGGAAGGAGUUGUAUAUUCGAUCAUUGACAUUGAAAUUGACAUUGACGACAUUGGGCGGAGCUUUGUUUCUGAAAUGAGAAUCUGUGCCUGAGAAUGGCUUGGCUGACAACAUAGAGGUGCCGCAUAGCACAAUUAAACCAUCCCGGCAACGGGUUCGUUACACCAAU